CACGAAUAGAGCGGGGGAGAGAGAGAGAGAGAGGCUGUAUUUUGUGUCGCACCGUCAAUUGAGCAAAACUGAAGGAGGAAAGGCGAUACUGAACUGCAGGAGCGCAGAUCAAAUGAACGAGUAUCUUGCUCGCGAUGAAAUAGAAAUGAACGCGACGCCACCGACGCUGAAUGACAAAACGGAGCGCUGAAGCUCUUUAUUAAUAGUCUUUAUGCCCAGCUGCACUACUUCCUGAACUUCAGCCAGCUCCUUGUUUCCUGUCUGCCAUUAUUGGACAAACUGAUUAAUCCAGGAGGAGUAAAGAGAAGAAACAGAUGAACAAAUGAUUCCAACCACUAACCACAGUCAUAGACGGUUUCAUCAUAGAGCAGAUCGUCACUAUGGUGCCUUUACUCCAGCUCUUUCUUUUAUUACAUCUGAUUCAGCCAAUCACAAAUUAUGUCAAUGGAAAUUCUCAUUCUCUUCUUUCCAAUCGCUUAAAACACGACCUGGUUUCCUAUCGUGCAAAGAGCCGGACUGAUGCAUUUAUCAAAAUGAAAGAUCAUGAAUUGGCUGGUAAUCCUGGACUAAAAAUUGACAGACCAUUACUUGGUAGUUUCUAUGGAAAACGUUUCAUGAAAUCAAACAAUGAUCCAAAUGAACGAAGUGAAAUCAAAAACACAUUUUUAGUAUCCCAAAAAAAACGAGUCAAAAGAAGACCUUCCCAUACUGACAAAUUACCACAAGAUCCUGUUCAAACUGUUGAACCCACAAGCCAUUUAACUGAAUUGUCAACAUUCACCAACAUUUUACUCCUUCAUAGAAGAGAGACUGUGGUCGAGUCAGUUACAGAUGGACCAGUAAACACUGAUUGGUCAACAGUUGGGUCCGGCGAUGUGUUUACACCUGCAGAUACUGAUUUGAUGGUGUCACCAACAGACGUUGACGCACAGUACAGACCACACAUCCAAACGGCAUUUAGUGUCCUAGCAAGUGGAGGCACAGCAGAUCCAACUUUAGCACCUUUACUCCCAACCAGCCCUUCUGCAAGUGCACCCGCUUAUGAUGUCCAGGCUACUUCCAAUGUGAUGGGCCAAUGGGAUGUUAAUAAGACUCAAUUGAAAAUAGAUAUACCCACUCCAGCUGUUAUACAGAGAAAAACAGAGUUAACAACCUUACCACCUUACAGUAAAAGCAGCGAUCUUAGCACAAGCACAGCCAGUCUACAAAUAAAAACACCAUUACCAGAAGUGGACACCUUUAGUUACAACUACUCGCAACCAAAAAUCACUUCAGCAACAGUGUCUAAUAGACAAACAAAGGAUGCAGGAAAUGAAGGAGUGGUCAACAAUACUGCAGAUACACCAAGAGAAUCUACAAAUUUGACACAGUCCAGCGAAAAGACUCGAAAGAAAACUAACGGUACGCCCACUCAUAAGAACGCCUCUUCAGGCCCGAGUGUACGGGGUCAUUUUGUCUUCUCUGAAAACACUGAAGGAUAUGCAGAAGAUCUGUCUGCUUCCUAUGAAGUAGUUUCAUCUGUUAAGUCAAGCCCUGCAUUCCCUACCCCUGUCACAGCUAAGGAGCCCUGUUCAACUGUUGUAGGCCCUUGUGUUUUUUCCAAAGAUCAAAAUCAUCGUAAUAAUUUCAGUUCCACAAAUGGGAGCAAACUAGUUUGGGCGGACUUGCAUCGCACAUUGUCGUUUGCAUGGGAACUGCAUGUAUUUGGUUCGGCUACUCUCUUCCUUCUACUGACUGCUGGUGCUGCCCUUGGCCUAGCGUUGGCUCCCAGCUUUCUCUGCCUUCAGCGUGGUGAAUUGGUGCUGACAAACAGUCUCUUGCUAAUCGCAGGUGCGGUUAGAGCCGGCCACUUGUUUCUCGAUCCAUAUGGGACACGGCUCCUCUUACCACCCCCUGUAAUAAUAGCUUUAUACACGCUAUCAUUGCCACUUUUAAUUUUGGCACAGGCUGCAUUGGUGAUACUGACACUAAAAGAGGCAGGAGUGAAUUUGCUACCCCCAGCUUUUCAGCGCCCCCCUCUGUUGGGAGUGUUAGCUAUUUUACAAUGUACUCUGUUACUUGCUGCAGACUUACUCUCGCCUGCACUCUCACCCGCUGUUCCAAUCGUCCUACAGAGCCUUACGUUGACUUCAGGGCUGGCAUUGUGCUUAUGGUACCUGUUCCUGGCCCUGCCACAGCUCGCACGCAACCACGCAGCCCGGGCUGAAAAUAAGUCCAUGGGUGAAAGGAAGGUGCAGAUUUUGGCACGGGUAUUGGCAGUGUGCGCUCUUCUUGGGACACUGUGCUGUCUCUUACAUAUAUACGCCUGCUUGUGGUUGUAUGGGCUUCUAGGAGAUUGGAGGCACUAUCGUUGGGGAUGGUGGCUCUGUCAGUUCUGGGCACGUCUGUUGGAGCUUGCUUGGGCUUUCUGCAUGCUUCUAGUGUCCUCAUGGGUUUUCUGGAGACCUAGUAGAGGCCAAAUAUGUAGAGCAUCAAGACAGGAAGGAGCUGCCACAGAAAACCUGCCUUCCCCCUGUCAGUCAUCAAACUCUACCAACAGACAUACUUGCUGGGCAAAGAUUGUCCAAAGCCUGAAAGUAAGACAACAAAGAAAAUCUGAAAGCAACGGAAAUGGAGGGUCCAGCAGUGGUGGAGUGGUUGGAGAAUUGCCCAAUAACUGGGCAGGACAGGAGCGAUCAGGGGUGGACAUUAGCAAGAGCCUCAUACGAAAUCGAGACCCACUUAAAGACAGCAAUCAUGGACGCAAUAUGAAUAGCUUUGCAGGGGGCUCAGCAGGUUCAUUGUUAAGGCUUCAGUCACUUGCUCAGCCGAUUCAGCGUUCUUUAAGUAGCAGUUUAGCAGAUAGGGACAAGGAGUCGGUCGUCUCACUUUAUGACUUUGAUUUGCGCCCUCCAAGCCCAAUCAACUUGAGUCGCAGUAUUGAUGAGGCACUUCACCGCGAGCAUCUACUAAAUGGAGGAAGCCUGUUUCAACCUUUGCGACCGCCAUCGCCUCAGUCUCCAAGGCUCUGGAUGCGACGGAACAGUGAUCCUCAAACGCUGUCAUUAAGUAGUGAUGAGCACACAUUGCUCUCAGAAUCCUCAGAAGGUCUGGGCCGCUGCAUCCCCAGUGCUGUGCCCAGUCGACAAGUCACAGCCCCCCCUACACCUACCCAUCAGGGCUUCCGUUGGGUCUCAGAGGUGCCAGUGCCUUCUUCUCUGUCCUGUCCAGUUUCAUUGCACCCCUCCCCAAGCACCAGCUGUGCCCUGGAGCCCAGUGCAGAAAACACCAGGCUGUUUUUGACCCCUGAUAUUGAAAGUUCACAAUCAAACAACAGAUUGGGACAGAGCUACCUAAAAGUAAAUCAACAAGAUGAGAGUGUCAGCAGUGACAUAAUUGACCUUUGAACUUGAUUGUUGUGGGCACUGCAACUUCUGUUGGGAGCUGGUGUACAAUCCCUGAUAACCUAAAAUAAUCUAUUUAAUCGUGACCUGUUUUGAAGACCAGAGCCUAAAGCACUUAUUGACAAUUUGCGGAAAAGAAAUCUGGUGUCAAUCUGAAAUUAACUCAAAUAAUGACAAUUAUUUAAAUUCAUAAAACUUAAACGUAAUGGUUCCUUUUAAGGAUUUUUUGGGUUCGGUACGAUUUAAGCUCAGUUAAUAGUAACUGUGGCAUGCUGUCAUUUACCAGACAAUAAUUUAAUUUGACCUCAUGACUGUAUUUGAAGAUGCCAAACCCUAAGUGCGUCUUACAUGUUUUCCUGUAAAUGAGCAUUUUUGAUCAUGCUGUUAUUGUUUAUUUCAUUGCAAUGAAAAUGUUAUUAGUCAGAAAUUGAAAUGCCUUCAUUUUAGUCAUUUUAAUUUUAGUCACUUUAGUAAUUUCAUUGGUAUUUAACACUGACUUUCGCUGCAAAACCCUCUAAGUACAUAUAAAAAUCUCCACGUCUAACAAAAGUCUCCAGUCCCUCUUCAAUGUUAUUUCUGAAUAAAGGUAAAAGGCUCAAAAAUUCCUUGCAUCCACUUUUUCUGCCAUGCACUGACUGAGGCCGGGAUGAAGUGAAUUUAAAAUGUAUUUUUAUUUGAUGAACGUAUAAUAUGGUUCAUAUCAUUAUCUCAUUAUUGACAGAGGUGGCAUUUAGCGGGUUUUGCAUCUGAACUCAUUUGGAAAAAGGCAUUCCUGAGGGAUUAAAAGCAAAAUUGUACAUUUUUGAGAAGUAUGUGAUGUAUAAAUUCUCAAUGUUUUCUGAGAUGUUUUGUUCUAGGUGGAUAAAAUUAUGCUAUCAGUGUAAUUCCAGUAGGAGUUUGCUUUAUAUGAACUUUGCUUUAUAGAUAGCUAUGUGAAAUUUCUUUUGGUAUCACUGCAUAUGUCAUUAAGAGUUAAAACUUUUGUUUGAUUUUACAAACUGAGAAAAGAGACUAAAUUGUUUAAAUUGUUUGUGUCAAUCAGCAUUAUGCUAUCAUAAUGUCUUUUAAGCAUUGGAAUUCAACUUCAGGGACUAUCUAGAAGACAUUGUAAAGAGCUACGUCUGGAUAAGGUGUUUUUUUAAUGGAAAAAUAUAUGUGCCAAAUCAUGUUGGCUUUCUGGUCAAUGCAUCGACCAGCAAAUCUAUUUUCAAUAUGUUCCUGAUAUUCAACAAGCCUGAAGCAUAUCAAUCUAUAUUCAUUUAUUUUCUAUGUUUAUUCUUCCCUGUAGUUAUAUUUGGUCUAGUCAUAAUAACGUAUAUUUUGGUAACUGUAAUAAGCUGGCAGCUUUUAAAAUUGCAUAUCAGGACUCUUGGUUAGAUGAACUUUGGUGUAGGAUAUGUUGUUGAAGGCUCGUGCAAAAGUCCAAUAUAUUUUCACAUGAAUGCACAUUACUACACAACCCCCAGAAUCUCUGUUUAAAGAGUAACUAAACCCUAAACCAACUUUUUUUAGUUAAUGACCUGUAAGAAUAAUGCUUUAUUAGUGCUGUUCAUUGAUUUUAGUAAGUUUUUUGACAUUUGGAUAUAAAGUGUUUCAAUACUACAAUAUAUGGUGUAAAAACGUCUGAGUGCUGCCCUCUUCAGGUUGAACGGUGGCUACUGCAGUUGAAUUUUCCUAUUGGAUGUUGGGUCCAAAAAAUGACUCGUGACGUAAGCAGGUUCAAGCUCACCACGCCCUUGUUACGAUCUCACCACACACUUGGUACGAGCUUAGUUCGUCCUCUCUAUCUCUGUUGGGAUCUGCCCACUUUUCUUGCAUUUUUCAAAUAUUAACAGUGGGCGGAGUCAGGCUCUGAACAGGGGUUUAGUUACGCUUUAAUUUUGUUUUGUGGCAUUGUAGUUUUUUUCUUGUGUAAAAAGAAAACUAAAAGCAAUAAAGUAAUGUCUUGUAAAGCUGAAAUCAUUGUUAUUCAGUGAAAUUGAAGAAAUAUUGUACUGUGAGUCAAAAUAAUUGAUCAAACAAUUAUGUGAGAACUUUUGGGGUUUGGUGCAGACUGACAUUUUAACACUGAAGAGCACAUUAAAGGACAUGAAAGUCUCUUUCCAUCUGUUCUGUUGACAUUACUAUGCUGCAAGAGAUGAUGGACUCUCUAUGUGCUGUUGUGGUAAAACUGAAAGUUAAGCGUGAAGACAUGGAAGCCAAUUCUCAUAAUAACAUUAUAAGGAUUGUUAGAGUUACACAAGAUAAGUCUUCUAAAUAAAUACCAACCUACGUGGAGAGGCAUACUACAUCAACAAGGACUUUAUCACUUACAGACAUUUCACAAAUUACAACCAAACAGUAGGAAAGCGUCCACAACCUAAUGUAGCAAGAAUGCAAAAUCACUGUCAAAGUCCUACAGCCGCUUGAGGUCGGUGAGAAUUUCCAUCUUUACAGCUUUGACUGCAGCAGCUUUGCACGAUUCCUGGUUUUUUUUCCAUCCAGCCAGGCUGAAGUCUCAGAAAGCAAACUUGUUGGUUUUGCUAAAGUUUAUGUCAAUUUCUUAAAUGUCUCAUCAAAAUGAAUCAAGCGAUAAGUGAACCACUUGAACAAGGCUGUAAAAAUGUUUAGUCAAACUUGUUUAUUGUCUUCUUGAUUGUAUAUAAGUGGUGUGUUAUUGGUUAAGCAAAGAUAAACCAGGUUUGCUGUUGUAAUAAUUAAACUAUUGUGCUUUUUAUUAUUAUUUUUAUUAUUACUGAAUGGUAUAUUCUGGAGGUCUCUUUGUGGAUCUCUGGGAAUGAACACUUAUGGGAUGGCAUCAGCUGUAGUCUGCACAUGGGUGCACAUUAUUUGACAAUGCAGCUGUUGAAUGUGCAGGGUGGGUAAAUCUGUUCUCUCUUGUUUGUCAUUGUACAUAAAGGGCAUUUAUGUAUUUUUCCCACGUUGGUUGGUUUAGGAAAGUAAAGUAAAUGGCUUAAAUAAUGCUGCAUGUUCCCUAAGGACAUCUGAGACAGAUAGACCCAUGCACAUCUUGACGUUAUGCUCAUUCCAGACUAGGGUUGCCAAUCAUUCCGUAUUAUAUGGAAUCGUCCCGUAGUUAAGACAUCAAAGCAGCUUUCCAUAUUAAACCUGUAGGGAAUUCAGUUUUUCCUCUAUUGGGACGUAUCCUGUAAAGGCAUAUAUAAAUGUGCCAUUGGUAAUCUAUGUGCAAGGUAGUGGUAUGUACAAUUACUAAAGUCCCUGUAAAGUCAAUCUUGAAAAUUGUUUCUUAAAGUUGCCAUGAAACAGAAGUAGCAAUUGCCUUUUUUUCCCACAUGAUGACAUAUAUCCGAGUGAAACCGGCUUCUGAAAUUAAAUAAGGCAGGGCUGGAUUUGAAAUUGUCCAUCAAGAUCUGAUUGGAUCAUUUGAAGUUGGGUCGUGUUGGUAAUUGCUAAUCGCAGCGAUCUUCUCCCGGACCCCAUAUCAUAUGACCGGAAGUAAAGAGAGAUCGUUUUGAGGAGGGCACAUGAAUUUGUUAAAAUAAUGAAGCUCACAGAUAAGUCAUUUGUAAAAAAAUACCCCAAUAUUCCAAAACAAAUUACAGUUUUUCAUUUUAUUUUCAUGGCGACUUUAACACAUUAUAAAUGUUAGAAAUGUAUUGCUGAAACACGGCACACAAACUGUAAACUAUGUAUUACUUAAUUGCAGAGUUAGAUCAUUAAACAUUACCUGGAUUAUUCAGGCAUGACGCUAGCUACAAAUGUGUUUUGAUACUCGUCGAAUACCAAAACACACUUGUUGCCAAUCAGCAGUAAGGGGCAUGUCUACUAACUGACAUCGUUGCCUGGGUUGCAUAUGUGUUGGGGGGUCUACCAAAAGAAGGUCCAGAUUCUAUUGGGGUAGGGGCAUGUUUGUUUAGGUCAUUUCAAAUGUCAACAUUGGCUUUCAAGAGAUUGUGCACCCCUAACUACAGACACUGAAAUGAAAUA